AUGUCUCUGGAUGAGGAUGCUCGCUGGCUAGAGUGGGUUACCAAGCAGUUUGAGAGCAUUGCAGGAGAGGACAAAGAGAUCGACCUGGAAGAGUUUAAAACAGCUCUCAAGGUAAAAGAGUCCUUCUUUGCCGAGCGCUUCUUUGCGCUGUUUGACUCAGACGGCAGCAGCUCCAUCAGUCUGGAUGAGCUGCUGAAAGCCCUGGACCUACUCAUCCACGGCAGUGAGACAGACAAGCUCAAGUUCCUCUUCCAGGUCUAUGAUGUGGAUGGAAGUGGCUCUAUUGAUCCAGAUGAACUGCGUACAGUUCUCAAGUCAUGCCUACGUGAGAGCGCCAUCUCUCUGCCAGAGGAAAAACUGGAUGACCUGACUCUGGCACUGUUUGAGUCAGCUGAUAAAGACAGCAGUGGAUCCAUCACCUUUGAGGAGCUGAAAGCUGAACUAGAGAACUUCCCUGAAGUCAUGGAAAACCUCACUAUCAGUGCUGCUAACUGGUUGAAGCCUCCUGAUGUGGAGCAGAGGAGAAGACAGACACCCCGCUAUCUCACCCCAGCCUACUGGCACAACAACAGCCGCAAGUUGCUCUUCCUUUGCGCCUACGCCUGCCUGAGCCUGCUGCUGUUCACCGGAGCCAUGCUGCAGCACCGGCAUGGGGGGGUCUGGUACAUGGUGGCCAAAGGCUGUGGCCAGUGCCUGAACUUCAACUGCACUUUUGUCAUGGUCCUAAUGCUGCGUCGCUGUUUAACAUGGCUGAGGGCAACUUGGGUGGUGAGGGUCUUACCUCUUGACCAAAACAUCUUGCUACAUCAGAUAGUGGGCUACGCUAUCCUCUGCUACACACUGCUGCACACCACGGCUCAUGUCAUCAACUUUGUUUUGCUGGUAAGGGGUGAACACACUAACUACAGCUUGUGUGACUACUUGCUGACCACGCAGCCUGGCAUCGGCUGGGUGAAGGGCACAGCUUCAGUGACUGGAGUGGUCCUGCAGGGUAUCAUUUGGCUGAUGGUGCUUUGCUCCAGCACAGUUGUACGACGCAGUGGACACUUUGAAGUCUUCUACUGGUCACAUUUGUCCUAUGUGUGGGUGUGGUCUCUGCUGGUGGUGCACUGUGCCAACUUCUGGAAGUGGUUUGUCGUACCUGGACUGGUCUUCCUCCUGGAGAAGAUGGUGGGAAUUGCUGUCUCUCACAUAGGCGGGCUUUAUAUUGUAGAAGUCAACCUACUGCCAUCCAAGGUGACUCAUCUGGUGAUCAAACGGCCCCAGUUCUUUCAUUUUAAACCUGGGGAUUAUGUCUACAUCAACAUCCCAGACAUUGCCAAGUAUGAGUGGCACCCUUUCACAAUCAGCAGUGCCCCAGAGCAGUCAGACACUCUGUGGCUACACAUCCGCUCCAUGGGCCAGUGGACUAAUCGCCUCUAUGAGUACUUCAGACAGCCGGAGAGCCGGGCAACAAGCCCAAAGAGACUGGCCACCAGCCUCAGGGCCAGAAGACAACUGAUGAAAGCCCAGGGCUCAGAGCCGAUCCUUGAUAACCCCAAGUUCUGUAACAUUAAGUGCUAUGUAGAUGGACCAUAUGGCACCCCAACAAGACAGAUCUUUGCUUCCGAGCAUGCUGUGCUGAUAGGGGCAGGCAUUGGGAUCACACCGUUUGCCUCCAUUCUUCAGAGCAUCAUGUACCGGUAUCGCAGAAGGAAGCAAAAUUGCCCCAACUGCCACUACUCCUGGUGUGAAAACAUUAAAGACAGUGAGAUGAAGUUACGUAAAGUGGACUUCAUCUGGAUCAAUAGAGACCAGAAGUCCUUUGAAUGGUUUGUCAGUCUUCUAACCAAACUGGAAAUGGACCAGGCUGAUGAAGAGCCAGAGGGUCGGUUCCUUGAGAUGCACAUGUACAUGACCUCAGCUCUCAGUAAGAAUGACAUGAAGGCCAUUGGCCUACAAAUGGCUCUGGACCUGCUAGCUAAGAAGGAGAAGAGAGAUUCUAUUACUGGCCUGCGGACCCGAACCCAGCCUGGGCGGCCAGAGUGGGCCAAGGUGUUCCAGAAAGUAUCUGAAGAGAAGAAAGGAAAGGUCCAUGUGUUUUACUGUGGCUCUCCUGCUCUGGCUAAAAUCAUAAAAGCACAGUGUGAGCACUUUGGCUUCAACUUCUACAAGGAGAACUUCUGA